GAGGCUCAGGAUGCGCACCGUUCUGUUAUCUAAAUCAACUCCCCCAUCUCUUCAGUUGGUACCACCUUUUCCAAUUGGUUUGCAGCCGAGCAUUCUGGGCUUUGUAGUAAUUUCCUUACUAGAGUUGUUCCAAUGGGCUCACGCAGCCGCGUGAGACUACAUUUCCCAGGAGCCUUCCGGGCCGGCUGUUUGCCUGUCCGUCGCCCUGACUUCCGGCGUCGCUGCGAUCUCUAGGGCCAAUCGGAAGGCUGGGAUUGGCCAUUUCCGGCACCCUGAUUGGUGCGUUCGACUAGAGCGCCUGGUUUCAAAUUUUCAACGGUACUGACUGAAUCCCGCGGCUGGUGUUGCGGGCGCCCGGUUGUCAGAGCCGAGGUGAGAUUCUUUACAAGAAGUACUUGCUAGACUUCAAGAUUUCAGAAGAGAGGUGAAAGAGUAAAUUGCAACUUUGAGUCAAGCCUGUAGUGAGGGGGACUGACUGACUGAUUAAACCACAGAAGGUGACCUGUCGAGAAGAGUGACACGGAUACUGGGAAAAACCUGCUCUUCUGUGCCGAGGGGGGGCACAAUGUCACAAGUUAAAACCUCUUAUUCCUAUGAUGCUCCCAUGGACUUCAUCAAUUUUACAUCUUUGGAUGAUGAGGAAGAUACCCAAAACAUAGAUUCUUGGUUUGAGGAGAAGGCCAAUUUGGAGAAUAAAUUUCCUGGGAAGAACGGGACAAGAGGGCUUUUUCAGGGCAAAACUCCGCUGAGGAAGGCUAAUCCUCAGCAAGCUAUUGUCACACCUUUGAGACCAGUUGACAACACUUACUACAAAGAGGCAGAAAAAGAAAAUCUGGUGGAACAGUCGAUUCCAUCAAAUGCUUGUUCUUCCCUGGAAGUCGAGGGAGCUACAUCAAAAAAUAUUCCAGCCCAGCCUCAGAGAAGAUCUGUUAGACUCUCUGCUCAGAAGGAUUUGGAACAGAAAGAAAAACACCAUGUAAAAAUGAAAGCCAAGAGAUGUGCUACUCCUGUGAUCAAUGAGAUUCUACCCUCCAAAAAAAUGAAAGUUUCUAGCAAUAAAAAGAAGCCAGAGGAAGAGGAAGAAGGCAAUGCUCAUCAAGAUACUUCUGAAAAGAAUGAGUCUUCCCCACAGAAGGUCAAGAGCAGACAUACUGUGUCUUGUAUACCACCUGUAAGGCGGAAGCUUCUAAAAAGUACUGAGGAGCAAGAGUUGGAGAAGAGAAUGAAAAUGCAGCAGGAGGUGAUGGAGAUGCGGAAAAAGAACGAAGAAUUCAAGAAACUUGCUCUUGCAGGAGCAGGGCAACCUGUGAAGAAAUCAGUGAGCCAGGUAACCAAAUCGAUUGACUUCCACUUCCGCACAGAUGAGCGAAUCAAACAACAUCCUAAGAACCAGGAGGAGUAUAAGGAAGUGAACUUUACAUCUGAACUGCGAAAGCAUCCUCCAUCUCCUGCCCGAGUGAUUAGGGGAUGCACCAUUAUCAAGCCUUUCAACCUGUCCCAAGGAAAGAAAAGAACAUUUGAUGAAACAGCUUCUACGUAUGUGCCCCUUGCACAGCAGGUCGAAGCCUUCCAUAAACGAACCCCUAACAGAUACCAUUUGAGGAGCAAGAAGGAUGAAAUAGCUCUGUUACCCUCCAAAUCUACUGUGGCCAAGAUAUCCAGAGACCCACAGACUCCUGUGCUGCAAACCAAGCAGCGCGCAAGGCCUGUGACCUGCAAAAGCGCAGCGGAUCUGGAAGCCGAGGAGCUAGAGAAACUGCAACAAUACAAAUUCAAAGCACGGGAACUUGAUCCCAGAAUUCUUGAAGGUGGGCCCAUCUUGCCCAAGAAACCACCUGUCAAGCCACCUACUCAGGCUAUUGGCUUUGAUUUGGAAAUUGAGAAGAGAAUCCAAGAGCGAGAGUCAAAGAAGAAAUCAGAGGAUGAACACUUUGAAUUUCAUUCCAGACCUUGCCCUACUAAGAUCUUGGAAGACGUUGUGGGUGUUCCUGAAAAGAAAGUACGUCCAGUCACUGUCCCCAAGUCACCGGCAUUUGCAUUGAAGAACAGAAUCCGAAUGCCCACCAAAGAAGAUGAGGAAGAGGAAGAGCCAGUAGUGAUAAGAGCGUUACCUGUGCCACAUUAUGGGGUGCCUUUUAAACCCCAAAUGUCAGAGGCAAGAACCGUGGAAAUAUGCGCUUUCUCUUUUGAUUCUCGAGACAAAGAACGUCAGUUACAGAAGGAGAAGAAAAUAAAAGAACUGCAGAAAGAGGAGGUGCCCAAGUUUAAGGCGCUUCCUUUGCCUCAUUUUGACACCAUUAACCUGCCAGAGAAGAAGGUGAAGAAUGCGACUCAGAUUGAGCCUUUCUGCUUGGAGACAGAAAAAAGGGGUGCUCUGAAGGCACAAACUUGGAAGCACCAGCUGGAGGAAGAACUGAAACAGCAGAAAGAAGCAGCUUGCUUCAAGGCCGGUCCAAACAUUGUCAUCUCCCAGGAGCCCUUUGUUCCCAAGAAAGAGAAAAAAUCCUUUGCUGAGGGCCUCUCUGGUUCUCUAGUUCAGGAACCUUUUCAGCUGGCCACUGAGAAGAGAGCCAAGGAGCGGCAGGAGCUGGAGAAGAGAAUGGCUGAGGUGGAAGCUCAGAAAGCCCAGCAGUUGGAGGAGGCCAGGCAGCAGGAGGAAGAGCAGCAGAAGGAGGAGCUAGCCAGGCUACGGAAAGAACUGGUGCACAAGGCAAAUCCAAUACGCAAGUACCAGAGUGUGGAGGUCAAGUCAAGUGACCAUCCUCUGACUGUGCCCGUAUCUCCCAACUUCUCCACUCGAUUCCACUGCUAAACUCAGCUGGGAGCUGCAGACACCACCUGGGAACAGGAGCUGCUCUUUCCAUCAAACCAGGGACCUUCUUUCUUUGUCACUGGGGCAUGGAGAGAACCCAUUUGUCCAGACUUUUACCUACCCAUGCCCAACAGAGCAUACCUGACAAGUGUGGACUCCAAUUCUGUUGAGAAUUGUUUUCCUACAUUAUUGAGGUUAAUGAUGAAACUCAACUCACGUGUGUCUCGAUCAGACUCCAUGUAGUUAUUUCCUUUGAACCAGCAGCUAACCUUUAUUAUGGGUCUUAACUUUAACUAGCAUUUAAAGUCUCUGUAUCAGCACAGUGUAAUUUCUAUUGCCCCUUCCCUGCCUCCCUUUUUUUCUAUUUUAAUCAGAAAAUAAAGAUAGUUAAAUACAGAGAUAGUAUUUAAGUGAUGGCUUAAAUGGGGGACAAUCAGUAUCUUAGAUUCCUUUCUCUGCACACAAUGGGGAAGCCUCAUUAACUGCAUAUCAAGGGAGAAGUCUGCGUGACUUGGGACCUCAGUCAUCGGCAAACUUUGGGCAGAGCUGCUGGUAAGGUACAUUCUUCCCUUCUCAGUGCUGAGAAUAAUAGGGAAUGCCAUGCAGCACAUGCUCGAAGUCCUCCAGGAACCUGGACUAGAAUAAAUAUGUUUGUCUUCCCCUCCUUGGUUUUGUCAUUUGGUGUUUUUAAAUCUGUCAAGCCCCUUUGGAGGUCAUAUCUUAAUGGGAAAAUGGGUACUUUGAGAAGAGGGUCCAGGAGCUUUUAAAAGCACAGGCUCUGUCUUUAAAGGAAAGUGCCUUGUAAAUUUUUUCUGUCUUAUUCAGAAUAGCAUUCCAUAUUUUGUUAGCUCGCUCCCAGGAACUCCUCUGGAGGGAAUCGUGUGUGUUAGACCUUCACACAGAUUAUGCCUCUCCCGUAAAUGUGCUUUUCCUCCUCUGGUGAACUCUUGCUGAGAAGACUCAGCUCAAAUGAAAUCUUUUUCGUAAAUUCUUCCUUGACCAUCUGACCUCCUCAGGUAAGGAUGAUCACCUCCUUCCCUGUGCCUCCCAAAUGUUUCUUUUUUUCUUUUUUUUUUGGUGGCUUAAGAUAAUAGAAAUUUAUUCUUUCACUGUUCUGGAGGCCACCAAAUGUUUCUUAUGUAUAUCUCUAGUAGAACAAUCAUACUGCUGAGUUACUUGUACUUGUUCACAAACUAUAGAGAUGCAGGUAUCUAAAAUUAUUUUAGUCCUUGAACAAAAAUUACCGUAGUCAUCUCUGUAUUUGUCAUAGCUGGUACAAAUAUGCUAGGUCCAUGUUAAAUAGUGUAUUUUCUUUUAGACUUAACGUAGUUUAUGAAUUCUAUUCUGUACCAGUCAUCUACUCCUGUGCCAGGAACUAUAAAAGCAUCCAUAUUCUGCCCAGGCCAGUCCUAGGCACCAUACGUGAUAUUAAACUUGUUUUAUAUUCCUUUAAUUUAUUCAGUGAGCAUUAUGUACAAGCAUUUGUAGAUUGAGUAAUGUGUGACAAAGCAAUAUAUGAUUUGCAGAUCCCUGGCCCUCCUGAAGGCCUACAAACUGAUGCAAAAUGUGGGUCCUUUAUUCAUUUCCUAGAAGUAUAUGGUACACAGUUCCAUAACUACUUAUGUAGUUCAUUUAACAAAUAUUUAUUUGGUGCCACCUAUAUAUACCUUGGCACUGUUUUAGUCUCUAGGAAUACAGCAAUGAACCGAAAUCGAAGACCUUGGCUUCGUGGAGCUUACGUUUUAGGAGGGGAGACAGACAAGAAGCAAGGCACUGUCCUCUUCUGUCGGGUGAUAAAUGUUUUCUGCCUGGCUGCUGUGUGGGGAAUAGCCUGGCAUGGGGAGUGAGCGGGCGUGUGAGAUUGGAAACAGGAAGGUGAGGAGGUUUUUGUUGUCCAGGUGAGAGCUGAUAGUGGCUUGGGCUAGGCUGGUAGCAGUGGAGGUGUGAGAAAUGGUUGGAUUCUGAGCGUAAUUUGAAGUUGUACAAGACUUGCUAAGAGAUUGGACGUGGGGAGUGAGAGAAAGAGGGUAGUUAAGGAGUGCACCCAGGUAUCAGCCCCAAAGAGGGACAGCGUUCUCUAUCCCUUGUACGGUGACAAAUCUAGUUCUACCCCAGACUUCAUAUCUCUUGUCACUUGUCGGGAGGGCUUUCAUUUCUUUUCUGGUCUUGCUUUUGUUUUUCCACUUGUGUUCAUCUCUUGAUCCCCUCUCUGCACCUGUCCUAUGUUGCUUUUCUCCCUCCCUUGUAUCAGCAGUUCUCUAACAGUUCACUAUCAUUCAUAUAUUUCCAGCUGGUAUCAUUUUUUUAUAUAUUUCAUCCAUUUUUUGUUUUUGGUUGUUUCCAAUAGGAGAAUAAAUCCAGCCCUCAAGUUGAGGGUUUUGGAGAGAGUGUUACUGAGAAUUAUGGACCUACGGGAUGCUUCUAUCCCAUUCACUGUAUUGUAGACACACCCGAGUCAGGGCAGUAAUGUGUGGCAGACUGUUAGAGGCAACAGAGAAGGAUUACAUUACUUCAGAGCAAACAGCUCAAAACUGAGACGCAGACAUCCAUUACCUCUUGCUUCCCAGAGUCUCUCAGUUUCUCGGUGGCUGUCUACGCCUCCUCACCACAGUCAGUGUGUUACUGAGUCCUCUGUUUUGGGCCACCUGACAUGACCUUCAUUUUUCUAGCACAGCCUCCCAUUUCCCGCAAAAUUCAAACUCUCUGCUUUUAUUUUAGAGAGAAAUUCAGGUUUUUUUAUCCCCUCAGGCCAUGUCUUAGAGAGAGCCUCUCUUUCAACACUCAGAGGUCACUCCAGAAUUUUCCUAAACAAAGAACAUGUCCUCUGAGAGGAAUUUACUGAAUUCUACUGAGAAAUCUGACUGUCACAAUUUGCUUGACAAUUUACAAAACUUCUAGCACAUGCACUCAUGCAGAUUGUUGGAAUUCCCACAAUUUCUGGGAAGGACUCUUCGUUUUCAGUGUGAUUGUGACUUGGUCCUGGUUGCCCAUUGCUAAUAGUCUUGUGCUAAUUAAUAACAUAAGCUUACUGCUCAGUCUUACUUUGGUUGAUGCCUUUGUUCUUGUGUAACUGCCUUGUUGCCAUCUUGACUGCUCUUUUAUUCCUCACUGGUUCUUUUCCACAGAGUUUUGUCUCUGGAAAGUGGAGCUUGAGUGGUAGACAGGCUGCAGUUGCUCGAGCAUUUAACAGAGAUGAGACCUGUGCACAGAUAAUUGUAACACAGAUCGGGUGUGAUUGAGUGACAUGAGAUAGACAGAAAGCCCUGCAGGAGUUUAGAGAUUCUUCUUGGAGGUGAGAUUGCAGUUCUUAAAGAUGUUUCUUUUUAAGUAAAAAAUAUGAAAGUAGUACUGCCUUUUGGAAACAAUUAAAACAAUAUAGACUAUAUAAACUAAAACAUGGAAGUCUCCUAACUGCCCCUCCUCCCAUUCCCCAGGAGGAAAUCCUUGUUAACAGCUGUGUUCUUCCAGAAUGUUUUUUAUGUACACACAGAUUUAUAGAGCAUUUUUCUUUUUGUAUAACAAUAAGAUUCUAGCAUUCUGCAUUUGUUUUUAAUUUUAAUUUGUUCUUUGAAAGGUUAUAGAUUCACGUGGUUCAAAAUUCAAACACUGCAAAGGUAAAGUCUUCCACCUUUUCUCCCAGCCACUCAGUUCCCCUCCCCGGGGGCAGUCAGUGCUGCCAGGCGUUUUCCCUCGCAGAGAUGGCGUCUGCAUAUACGCAUUGCCACCUCCUCCUUCCUUUCAUUUUUCCGCAGAUAGUGUCAUACUUUACACUCUGGACCUUGCUCUUUUCAUGUGUGUUCUGCCUUGAAUGAUGCGGUUCAGGUGCUAGCUGGGGUGUGUCCUGGCUUCUCCUGACUGAAGUAUGAAGCCGCUUCUGAGAAUCUAGUGGCGUGGAGGGAGACCUGUAGUGGGGUCUAGCUCCUCUGCAUGAAGUCCUGCGCUGGUGACCUGAGGUCCCAGGGACUCAGGGCAGCUCAGCAACACCUGGUCUUUUAGCUCCUCCUGGCUUAGCGGAGCCUUGGGGGCUUAUUGGCUCAACUAUCUGGUUAAACCUGUGUAUCCCCUUGGAUAAAUCUUGACAUUGCUUCCUUUUCAGUUCUCUUCUGAAUCUUAUCUGCUUAGGAAGUUCCUCAUUGCUGAGAGUAGCAGUUAAAAAAGCUGUUAGCCACGUGGCUGGGCUCCUGUUUCUGCACAGCAGGCUGAGUUACAGCUUGGUGGUGCAGAUCCAGGUAGGAAUUGGUCAACAUUCUGAAUCCUGAGCUGCCAUCUGCCUUGCAACCUGCUGGGAUGCUCAGUUUAGACAGCAUAUAAAGUUUCCUGGAUACGAGACAAACCCAGGCCUAUGGAAAGAGCAGGAAGGUUAAAGUGCAUGGUACUCUGAGCAGUGACGAAGGCGUAACCAGGGAGCUGACGUGUUUGCUCCAACGCCAAGAAUUCCAGGACAAUUUGUUAUCCAGCUGAAGCCAGUGUAGUUGCUACAAAAAAGCCCUGGGACAAAAACAUAUUUUUUCCUGUUUCCUUUGUCUUCUCACGCCCCUGAUCUAUUUUCUAAUGCUGUAGUGAAAGUUACUGACAUUGAAAACGUCUGAUGGUAUUUGCUCCUCUCUUUCUUGCAAGAGAAUAAGAGGCUGGGCUCAGGUCAGAGCAUGGCUCUGAGGUGCUGAAGGUAUCAGCUUCCUGAAAGGGCUUGACAGAUGCUGACUCUUCACUCCGAGAAACCACAGUUGGAGGGGCAGGGGUAAAAGCUUUAGGAAAAUACUAGGUUUUAUCAGGAAAUAUUUCACCAGACUAAACCUGACCUAAAGGCAUCGAUUACCCUCUCCCUUUUUCUUAAAAUUUUACUAGACAGAAAGGCAGUAAAAGCCUGGCCUGUCUGAUUUGCUGAGACCCAUGUAGUUGUGGGAUUGAUCCCAGAACAUCAUGGGGAGGUGUGUGAAGGGGCUAAGAAUUAUGGGAGACGUAGUUUUCAAUGGUUGUAAAUUGUAAUAUGAAAAGCAGUUUGGGGCAGCAUGGUAAGGAGAGGUGAAAAGUCUCUAGCCUGACACUGAUCUACGUCCCCUCACAGGCACACACGCACACUCAGUCACACAGAUAACCGACUAAAUGGCCAGAAAGUGACUUUGAAUUUGCUCUAUGCAAAGAUCUCAACUGGGUUUUGCAAUAUUUUUGUUUUCAGCUUUUAAAUUUGGAUUUAUUGUUAAUUAUAUACAAUUAAGAUAAUACCUGGUAAUAGGAAGAAAGAGAGAAAAAAAUCCAUUACCCACCUUGAACACUGGUGUUUCUUUGAAUAAUCUGUUUUUUUCUUGUAUAAAAAACAGCCUGUCUUUCUACAUUGUAGGGUUUUUCUGUGUAUAUGUAUAGAUAUACCUUGCUUUUUUCACUUAGCAUAGUAGUAACUCAGAUAUUUUUCCUGUAUUCCUGCAUACUUUGUAAAUACCAAUUUUAACAGCAGCAUAAUGUUCCACUGUUCUGAGUUUGCUUCUCCCCAUUGAAAAUGCUUGUUUUGCAAAAGAUUUUUCUAGACUCUAUAGGAUAGAUUUGUUCACCCCAUAAUAUAUCAUGUCUGGCUCUAAAUUUUAAGUGGCUGUUUCAAACCACAUAUCAGUCAAUUUUUGUAAUUAAAAUAUUAAAAGGAUAUAUAAGCCCCUGAAAAGCAGAGUUAAUGACAUUAUUCUUGCAUACACAUUUGCAAAAUGGAAAGCUCCUUUUGGCUGAUGUGAUAUCAGUGUUACUGGCACUCAUGCCCAACAAAAGCUUCAGUUUGUUGGUCUUUAGCAAAGCCUUUCUGGAGAGAAGUCUAGUUAUGUUAUCUUAAAGUCUUGGAACUCUCCAUUUUCAGAUGACUUAUACAGGGAUUGUUGUCUCGAAGCCUCAGAUCAGAUUUGGAGGAAGAUGCCCUUUGUCUUUUUUAACUCUAUUCUAGGGCUGUGAUGUGUCUUUGGGGACAAAUAGGGGCAGGGAAUAUAAUCUCGCUUCUGUCACCAACACACUGGCUGACCUGUAACAAGUCACUCGCCUUUUCUGGACCUCACUUUCCACAUCUGUCAAAUGAGAAGAUUGAACUGGAAAGAUUAAUAAAGCUCUCUCCAGCUUGAA